AUGCGCCGUGGUGGGGGCAUAUGCACCGGUGGUGGUGGGGACACAUGCGCCGUGGUGGGGGGACACGUGCCGUGGUGGGGGAGCACACGCGCCGUGGUGGGGGCACACGCGCCGUGGUGGGGGCACACGCGCCGUGGGUGGGGGACAUGCGCCGUGGUGGGGGGCACAUGCGCCGUGGUGGUGGUGGGGGACACAUGCGCCCGUGGCGGUGUGCCCGGAGGACAUGCGCCGUGGUGGGGGACAUCGCCGCCAGUGGGGACACACGCGCCCGUGGUGGGGGGCACACGCGCCGUGGUGGUGGGGGGACAUCGCGCCGUGGUGGGGGGACAUGCCACGUGGUGGUGGUGGGGACACACCGCCGUGGUGGAGGAGCACACGCACCCAGUGUGGGGGGACAUCGCCUCGUGGUGGGGGGACACAUGCGCACGUGGUGGUGGAGGGGAACACGCGCCUGGUGGGGGAGCACACACGCCGUGGUGGGGAGGGGCACAUGCGCCCGUGGUGGGGGGACAUGCGCCGUGGUGGUGGUGGGGACACCGCGCCGUGGUGGGGGACCACCGCGUGGUGGGGGGCACACGCGCGCCGUGGUGGGGGGCAUAUGCGCCGUGGUGGGGGGCAUAUGCACCGUGGUGGUGGUGGGGACACAUCGCCGUGGUGGGGGGCACACGCGCCGUGGUGGGGGGCACACGCGCCGUGGUGGGUGGGGGAACAUGCGCCGUGGUGGUGGUGGGGGGACACAUGCGCCGUGGUGGGGGACAUGCCGUGGUGGUGGAAGGUGGGGACACACGCGCCGUGGUGGGGAGGCACACGCGCCCGUGGUGGGGAGGGCACAUGCGCCGUGGUGGGGGGGACAUGCGCCGUGGUGGUGGUGGGGACACACGCGCCGUGGUGGGGGACACGCGCCGUGGUGGGGGGCACACGCGCCGCGUGGUGGGGGGCACACGCACCGUGGUGAGUGGUGGGGACACAUGCGCCGUGGUGGGGGGACACGUGCCGUGGUGGGGGGGCACACGCGCCGUGGUGGGGGGGCACACGCGCCGUGGUGGGGGGCAUAUGCGCCGUGGUGGGGGGCAUAUGCACCGUGGUGGUGGUGGGGACACAUGCGCCGUGGUGGGGGGACACGCUGCGCAGGAGUUGACCGGGCUGAAGCUGACAGAUGUCCCAGUUAACGGUGAUGGCUAA